CAUCUUCAGCACAAAAUCGGAACUAACUUCUGUGUGCUGUUUACAACACCCGCAGGACACACGGUAGUGCACCACAGCUUCUUUGUUUGUUUCCUCAAUUACAUCUGCAAAAAAGUGUUAUCGACUACAAAUACCUCAAUUUCCCAACAUUCUAGAACCCCAAACUAAUCUACGCACUCAACAAUGUCAGUUAUUUAGUUGGAUUUCAACAAAGUGAAAUAUUGAAGUCGGGAACAGCUGACUGGUUGAAACAUGCAGCCUUGCGGCGUAUCUUGGUACUGAAAUCUGCUGUCCUAAACGUCAUCUUCACUCUUUUCACCAAUAGCAUCAAAUCUCUGAAGGUGAACUACAUACCGAACUUUGAAUCCGAGAGAACACUGAUAAAUAGAAAUGGAGUCGACCGGAACAUACUUUUCGACGGAAGCAGCCCAAGUGCCUGGCAGACGGACGCCGCUGGGUGCAGUGGGUCUGGGUAGUUUCUACUACCCGCCUACGGCCAGUGGCCCUCCCUCCGACGAGAACCGACCUGAUCCUGGACCUCAUCCGUCCCAUGUCUCCAGCAGACUACAACAGCAGCAACAGCAACAACAGUUGAGCGGACCAGUUGUAGGGGGCAAUUCGUCAGGCUCGGCCGCGUCCAAGUCGAAAUCGCGUCAGGGCAAGCUGGUGAGACUGAACAUCAACGCGAGAGAACGCCGACGCAUGCACGACUUGAAUGACGCGUUGGAUGAGCUGCGAAGCGUCAUUCCCUACGCGCACUCACCGUCAGUGCGGAAGCUCUCCAAGAUUGCCACCCUGCUGCUGGCCAAGAACUACAUCCUCAUGCAGGCCAAUGCACUCGAUGAACUGCGCAGACUUAUCACUUACAUUCAGGCUCAAGGAACGAUGUCGAUUCCACCAGGAUUCGAUCUGCAGGCUGCCAUGAUGCCUCCAGGGCAACCCCCCACUUCACCACCCCCGUCUUCUGACCCACCAUUGACAUGAGUAACAAAUGAGAAAUUUCAAAUAAUUAAAACUUCAACAAUGAUUGUGUGAUAAAGGGUUAUUAUGGCAUUCCAUUCUUAAAUUGUCUGGUUUGAGUUGUUUUUGUCACACUGUCAUCCAUCACAAUAUUUACCUAAGAUUAUUUCAUAUACUAAUUGGGAUUUCAUUCUAGUAUUACCUGGCGUAAUACGAUUUUCUGAUUUGCAUUGUACAUUCGGUUUAUGUAGUAGAGAUCACAUAUUUUUGCAAUGCAAGUUCCAAGAAUCUUGAAAAUUCUUCACUACUUUAUGAACUACAGUAGGCCUACUAAGUAAGAAUGUUAGGAUUUUUAAGAAAUUAAUGUAAUUCUCAUUAUUAUUACGUACUGUUGUCAAUAUUCAUGAAGGAGAUGAACAAUUCAUAAUAUUUUUCAAUCAUUAUGCUAGUUUUUACAGAGAACGAUUAUGAAUGAUUGUUUCAAAGAGGAUAGAAGAGUCAUAUGGUAGUUAUUAUAUUGAUGUCCUAGACUGUGGCAUUUAACUCACAACAUUUGCAUUCAUUAAAACAGAAAACAUUUUUUCUCAUUUGAAUUUCACAAACUCUUUGGAGUUGUGGUCUGGAUAAAUUUUUAAUCAAUACUUGAGCAUUACAUUACUCAAUAUAAGUUACAUUAUCUAUUCAAAUAUACAAAUUUAUGUUAAUGGCUCAUCGUAUACAUGAGAGAUAAUAUUUCUAGAAUUCAUUAUUUUGAUAUUAAGAUGAAUGCCUCCAUCCAUCAUUCCAAGUAAAUGCUACGAAUCAGCAGAUUAAUAGAAUUUAUCAUUUCACAUAUUAUUUCAAAAUCUGAUUUCAUAAAAUUUGUACAAAAUUACAAUCCUAAAAAGCAAUAAUAUAAUAAAACUCAAAGUAGAAGUAAGUUAUUGGCUCUUGUAAUUCGAAUUUUAUGUACAUUUUUUCUCAUUUGAUAAAGGGAAUAAAACCCUACGUUUCAUUUAAAUAGACCUGGAAUGUUUCUAGGUUUAGAAUAAUAUGUUUGAGAUCUAUCUUGUAGUGUAUGAUGGAUGAGGAAUAGCAGAUAUUCUUCGUUUAGAUAUCUAAUUUUAAUUUUAAUAAACUCAUUAAACACUCAAAUUAAUGCCAAGUUACUAUUCACAUUGGUAGGAGCUUGAAACUGCUUUGUUUAAAACUUAUUUAAUAUACCAAUGGAAUCCAUAAUCAAGUUUAAUCAACAGCAGCCUAUCAUCAAUCUUAUUCAUUCAUUUAUCGAUACAAUUAUUAAAAUUAUCUAUGGAAAAAAGGGAACGGGUCAUGGAUGUAUUUUUGUUUUUUCAAAUAAUUUAAUGUUUAACAAAUGUUGGUUGGCUAUGCUGAACAAGUAUGACGGUAAUUUCACUUGUUAAAUCGAUAAUAAUUAUUUGAAACGAUCUUUCGUCCUUGAGUGUAUCAAUAGCUUCGUUCUAUCAUCAAUGUUGUGCUUGAGUUGUUUUCAUUCCAAUCUCUCAAAAUAAGAACGAGAUUUUAAACAAUAAAUUUGUUUCUAGUCAUCAGACUGUUUCACAGUACCGUCCAUUCUCAUUCAAACUUGAAAUGUACUGAUAUUUUAAUAGUUUAUCAUUGAAUAUUACAGCAUUUUAAUAGACAAUUAUACAAAAUUAUUCUAUUCAUUCUCCUAGUCGAUAAAAACGAGCAACAGUAUUUUGGUUGUGAUUUAUAAAUAUUUAUUAAAGGAUUGCCCAUUUACAAGCAAUAAUAGUUAUAAAAUAUUGAUAAUAAUGGAAAUUAGAAUAUAAUAGAUGAAUUAUUCAUAUUGAUAUUAUUUAACACCGUAUUGAGUCAAUUUUACUGAUGAUAAUGUUUUAUGCUUGGUUAUUGAAUUAUUGUAUUUGAUAAAUUAACAAUAUAGAAGAGAAAAAUAAAUAAUAUUAAAG